GUCCCGCGGUUGGAAAAUGGCGGCGUAGGAGCGGGGCUCUCGCAUCCCCGCCCGCUCCGGCCGCCCCAGCGCCAUGACCCGCUGGGUUCCCACCAAAAGGGAGGAGAAAUACGGCGUAGGUGAGGACCCUCCCUGCCUCCCCUCGGGUCCCGCGCCCGCCUGUUGCGCUGCGGCGCUCCGCGAAGUACGCGGGGAUCCCCCCACGUCCGCCGGGCCCGCUCUGCUCCGGGCGGGGGGCUGCGCUGGGCCCGGCGGGGCCGCCGUUUCCGCGCCGCCUCAGGUGGGCUCUGCGGGGCGAGCGCGGAGCCCCAGGGCCGCUCCCCAGGGCCGCUCCCCAGGGCUGCUUUGCCGGCCCUCGGUCGCCCUUCCCGGGGCUGCCGGCCGGUGGAGUUGAGGAGUUUGUGCGGGAGCGCGGCUCAACCUGCGCUUGAGUCAUCCUCGAGCGAAAAGUUGCAGCUUUGUGUUCUUUCUCCGUUCCUCCCCCCCCGCCGCCCCGCGCUGAGUACCACUCUCUCAGGCUUAGAGUUAUUUGUACGUGGGUUUCUCUUCCCGGCCUCGCCCCGUGCCCCUCGGUGUGCCGAGGUUUCCCCUCUUCUGCCCGAGGAUCCAUGUCGCCCUCGGCUGUUUCCUUCCCCCGGCACAGAGGCGGAUUGUUCUCGGGCUGACGCCGCACGGAGCCGCGCUGCAGGAGGCCCGGCGCGGUGCUGGCGGUGUUUCAUUGGGAUUGGAAGCGUUUUGUAGGGGUUGAGGAGGAGAAAACCGGCGCGAGAGAGAGCGUUUGUCGCGGGGAAGGAAAUAAUAAACCUGUGUGUUCCGUCUGGAAGUAAGAAAUGGAGUGAUUUCCCCCGCAGUUGUUGCGCUCUGGAUCCUGAGAUCAGUUGUGCGUCCCCACAGCUAAGCCUUGUGUAACAACUGGAGCAGGAAGAAGGGAAUGUGUGGCACUAAAGAGAACCCGGGUGAAUUUUAGGAGUUACUUUAAAAUUCUACCUGUACAUCCGUAGAAAAUAAGGGGAUGGUAUCCAGGUCUGUGACAUGUGCUUGGUGGUGUAGCUCUGAACUGCUGGAACAGAUCUGUCACCAUGCAGUGUGAGCUGGUGUUGGAAACCUGAGGACACUGGGGGGCACACGGUGCGUUGGAGGGUGAUGUCUCACGUUGGAGGUGCUGCUUGGGCAGCGAUGUCCUGCAGCUGCUUUGCAUUGAGAGGACAAGGAGUUGUGGAGGCAGCUGAGUGCGUUGAGAUAAAAGCUUUGGGUAUCCAGCGUGGGAAAGUGCAUUUGUAGAGAGUGAGCUUAGGUAUAAUUUGAAAAGAGUCUUUGAUUUGUUUCAUGGUCUCAGGAAGCACAGGGUCACUUUUGUGCUGGGAGUGUGCUGAAGCUGUAACUCUUGAAAAGGCUCGGAGUCCUCAGUGGAGGCUCAUUCUGCACUUCUUGUUUGUCUGCUGCUCUUGGGAGUUUUGUCAUAUUUUGGUAAUAGCUUUGCUAUUUCUCUGAUGGCUUCUUUCUUUCUUUUCUUUCCUUCGAGUUAGCUGAGUGGGACGAUCUGUAGUGUCAGAGAAAUACUCUGACAGGGUGUGAGAGUUUAGAAGAGACACAGUGUUGCAAGGAGAUUAAAUGGGAUUUAGAGUUAAUUGGGUGCUGCUAUUCUCUGUUAUGCUGCUAAAUGCAGGUUGUGGAGAGGACAGCCUCUUUUCUGCAUUGCUGAAUUUCCUCCUGAUGGAGGGUUCAUAUUCUGCUUGGUAAACGUAUUUUACAUGUCUGUGUGUAGUUAAAAAUGGGGACUUGUGUACCCUGCUGGUGUUCUGUUUCUUUGCCAGUCUUCCAGGUUGCAGGGAAUCAGUGCAGAAGUCGCGUAGUCCCAGAGCAGCAGUGGAGAACACACUGUUAAGGUGAACAUCCUAGUAAAAGAACGUUGUCUUCCCAACUGUUUGCCACGGCCAGUGCUGGGGAGUGACAGCAGAACAGUGUUGUGUGACAGCCAACCAGCAACACCUGCGUCCUUCAAGCAGGGCUGCUAAUGGAGCUGCCAUCCAUCUCUGCAGGGCUGAGCUGAUGGGGUGUGCGGGCACUGCACUGAAGCAGAAGCAGCGAUCAGCAGGAGGGUGUCAUUGGUUGUGGGUUACGCUGCUUAUCUUGUGGGAGCACAGGAGUGUGUGUGUGUGUGUAUAUAAAAGCCAUGUGUUUUAUAUGUAAUGCAUAUAUAGUUUUUUUUUUUCCCCAUUAGGUUAGCGCGUUCCUGCGCACAACUAACUUUUCUUAACAUCUCAAGUCCCAAAGGCUGGUGCUGGUGAUGCACUGGGAGUAAAUUACGGAGAGAUUGGGUGCAGAUGUUUCAGGAAAUGCUUUUUCUGCUCAGCUACCCCAUCCCACAGUGCUGGGUUCCCAGCCACUACUGCAUGCCCAGCAUCCACGCGGGGAGCAGUGCAUGAGACUUAUCUCAGAGGGCAGCUGUGAGUGUGACUCAGCUUUGCUUCCUGGUGGGGCUCUGGGCUCAGAGCGUGGGGAGGCGGGAUGAGGAAUGGGUGGGGAUGGAAUAGCGUGAGGGACUUAUGAGAUGAAUGUGUAGGGAGCCAUCUGAAAGAGGAAAAUGAACAGUUGAAUUGCAGCAUUCUUUUUCUGUGUUCCUGAUGUCGCUCAUCCAUCUCCUUCGUCAUUGCAGCUCUGUGUUUUGGCUCUUAUCUCGUCAUUGGGAUGUGGCAUGCUUGGGAAUGGAGCUCUUUACAAUUACGAUGCGAGGGGACCCGAUGAGCUUUCCUUACAAAUAGGAGACACUGUGCACAUAUUAGAAACAUAUGAAGUGUUUUACAGGGAGAGGCUCAAAACCCUGUAAUGUGCAACUAAGCCACGUCAAAAAUGCCCACGUCAAUUUAGAAAACAUUUAUGGCAUCAGCCUGUUUUCCUCUUACUGACAUUUUGUGUGAAGCCGAAUUUGCUGUAAAUAGACCAAGGAGGAUCUGAAAUUGUUUGCUGGGUACUGCAGGUUGGUACAGGGGUUAUACGCUGAGGAAGAAAUCCAAGAAGGGCAUAUUUCCAGCCUCCUAUAUUCACCUUAAGGAAGCAAUAGUCGAAGGAAAAGGACAACAUGAAACUGUUAUACCCAACGAGCUGCCCCUGAUUCAGGAGGUUACCACAACACUACGGGAAUGGUCUAUAAUAUGGCGGCAAUUAUACGUUCAAGAUAACAGGGAGAUGUUUCGCAGCGUACGGCACAUGAUAUAUGAUCUUAUUGAGUGGAGAUCUCAAAUACUGUCUGGGACACUCCCCCAAGAUGAGCUCAAAGAACUGAAAAAGAAGGUGACAGCCAAAAUUGACUAUGGAAACAGGAUUCUUGAUUUAGAUCUGGUCGUUAGAGAUGAAGAUGGCAAUAUUUUGGACCCAGAGCAGACGAGCACAAUCAGCCUUUUUAGGGCACAUGAAAUAGCUUCCAAGCAAGUGGAAGAGAGGUUGCUGGAGGAAAAAUCUCAGAAACAGAAUAUCGAUAUCAACAGACAAGCUAAAUUUGCUGCCACUCCUUCGUUUGCUUUAUUUGUAAAUUUAAAAAAUGUAGUCUGCAAAAUAGGGGAAGAUGCCGAAGUCCUCAUGUCUCUCUACGAUCCCCAUGAAUCCAAAUUUAUCAGUGAAAACUAUUUGGUGCGCUGGUCAAGCUCUGGGCUCCCCAAGGACAUCGACAGGUUGCACAACCUCCGAGCAGUGUUCACUGACCUCGGCAGCAAGGACCUGAAAAGAGAGAAAAUCAGUUUCGUCUGUCAGAUUGUGCGGGUGGGCAGAAUGGAGCUGAGGGACAACAACACGAGGAAGCUGACCUCUGGGCUCCGGCGGCCUUUUGGAGUAGCAGUGAUGGACGUUACCGACAUAAUUAAUGGAAAAGUUGAUGAUGAGGACAAACAGCACUUCAUACCAUUUCAACCGCUAGCGUUGGAUGACGCCAUUCGACACAAGCAGCUGAACAUAUCAUCCCGUUUUUCACCCAGGGUGGCAGGGGAGAAUGAUUUCCUUCAGACUGUUAUAAACAAAGUGAUUGCUGCUAAAGAAGUUAACCACAAGGGUCAGGGUUUGUGGGUGACUUUGAAACUUCUUCCAGGAGAUAUUCAUCAGAUUAGAAAAGAGUUUCCACACUUAGUGGAUAGGUCAACAGCUGUGGCUCGGAAAAUGGGGUUUCCUGAGAUUAUCAUGCCUGGUGAUGUUCGGAAUGAUAUCUAUGUAACGUUGGUUCAAGGAGACUUUGACAAAGGCAGUAAAACAACAGCAAAAAAUGUAGAAGUUACAGUGUCUGUUUAUGAUGAAGAUGGGAAAAGAUUAGAGAGUGUUAUUUUUCCUGGUGCUGGUGAUGAAGCCAUCUCAGAGUACAAAUCAGUGAUAUAUUACCAAGUAAAGCAGCCUCGCUGGUUUGAGACUGUAAAGGUCGCAAUCCCUAUUGAAGAUGUGAACCGGAGCCAUUUGAGGUUCACGUUCCGACACAGAUCGUCACAGGACUCCAAAGAUAAAUCUGAAAAAAUAUUUGCCCUAGCCUUUGUGAAGCUCAUGAGAUAUGAUGGAACAACGUUAAGAGAUGGAGAACAUGACCUUAUAGUUUAUAAGGCAGAAGCAAAGAAGCUUGAAGAUGCCUCCACAUAUUUAAGUCUGCCUUCCACUAAAAUAGAGUUGGAGGAAAAGGGACACUCUGCGACAGGGAAGAGCAUGCAGAACCUUGGUAGCUGUACCAUCAGCAAAGACUCUUUCCAGAUUUCUACUCUCGUCUGUUCCACAAAGCUUACCCAGAAUGUUGAUCUCUUGGGACUUCUGAAAUGGAGAUCUAAUACGAACCUGUUGCAGCAGAAUUUGAAGCAGUUGAUGAAAGUUGAUGGUGGUGAAGUUGUGAAGUUCCUUCAAGACACACUGGAUGCACUUUUUAACAUAAUGAUGGAGAACUCAGAGAGUGAGACAUUUGACACGUUGGUGUUUGAUGCUUUGGUAUUUAUCAUUGGACUGAUUGCUGACAGAAAAUUUCAACAUUUUAAUCCGGUCCUGGAAACAUACAUUAAGAAGCAUUUCAGUGCUACGUUAGCCUACACCAAGCUGACUAAAGUUUUAAAAACAUACGUGGAUAAUGCUGAGAAGUGUGGGAUCACUGACCAGCUCUUCAAAGCCAUGAAAGCUUUGGAGUACAUCUUCAAGUUCAUAGUCCGGUCCAGGAUACUGUUCAAUCAACUUUAUGAAAACAAAGGAGAGGCAGACUUCAGGGAGUCUUUGCUGCAGCUCUUUAAGUCCAUCAAUGAGAUGAUGAGCAGCAUCUCCGAUCAGACCGUCAUAGUGAAGGGAGCAGCACUUAAAUACUUGCCAGCUAUUGUCAAUGAUGUGAAAUUAGUAUUUGAUCCAAAAGAACUUAGCAAACUUUUUACUGAAUUCAUCCUCAACGUUCCCGUGAGCCGGCUGACCAUUCAGAAGCUCUACUGUCUGAUCGAAAUAGUUCACAGUGACCUCUUCACACAGCACGACUGCAGGGAAAUCUUGCUGCCAACAAUGACAGAUCAGCUCAAGUAUCACUUGGAAAGACAAGAAGAUUUGGAGGCUUGUUGCCAAUUGCUGAGUAACAUCCUGGAAGUGCUUUACAAGAAAGAUGUGGGGCCGACACAACGACAUGUCCAGAUAAUCAUGGAAAAGCUUCUGAGGACGGUAAAUAGAACAGUCAUUUCCAUGGGACGUGAUUCAGAGCUCAUCGGAAGUUUUGUUGCCUGCAUGACUGCCAUUUUAAGGCAAAUGGAGGACUAUCACUACGCUCAUUUAAUUAAGACUUUUGGCAAGAUGAGGUCAGAUGUUGUGGAUUUUCUAAUGGAAACAUUCAUCAUGUUCAAGAAUCUCAUUGGGAAGAAUGUCUAUCCCUUCGACUGGGUUAUAAUGAACAUGAUGCAGAAUAAAGUCUUCCUGCGAGCAAUUAAUCAGUAUGCAGAUAUGCUAAACAAAAAAUUUCUUGAUCAAGCCAACUUCGAGUUGCAGCUUUGGAACAACUACUUCCACCUCGCCGUUGCUUUUCUCACACAAGAGUCUUUGCAACUGGAGAAUUUUUCGAGUGCUAAGAGAACAAAAAUACUUAACAAAUAUGGUGAUAUGAGAAGGCAGAUUGGUUUUGAAAUCAGGGACAUGUGGUACAAUCUGGGUCAGCAUAAAAUCAAGUUCAUCCCAGAAAUGGUGGGACCUAUCUUGGAAAUGACACUUAUCCCCGAAACAGAGCUUCGAAAAGCUACGAUCCCCAUCUUCUUUGAUAUGAUGCAGUGUGAAUUUCAUUCCACCAGAAGCUUCCAGAUGUUUGAAAAUGAGAUCAUCACAAAACUGGAUCACGAAGUGGAAGGAGGCAGAGGAGAUGAGCAGUACAAAGUGUUAUUUGACAAAAUUCUCUUGGAGCACUGCAGGAAGCACAAAUACCUCGCUAAGAGCGGAGAAACUUUUGUCAAACUUGUUGUCCGCCUGAUGGAGCGGCUGUUGGACUACAGGACCAUCAUGCACGACGAGAACAAAGAGAACCGCAUGAGCUGCACCGUCAACGUGCUGAAUUUCUACAAGGAAAUUGAGAGAGAAGAAAUGUACAUAAGAUACCUGUACAAGCUGUGUGACCUGCACAAAGAAUGUGAUAACUACACAGAAGCUGCCUACACGUUGCUUCUGCAUGCAAAGCUUCUGAAGUGGUCAGAAGAAGCGUGUGCAGCACAUCUUACCCAGCGGGAUGGAUACCAGGCUGCUACUCAAGGACAGCUGAAAGAUCAGCUAUAUCAAGAAAUUAUCCAUUACUUUGACAAGGGCAAGAUGUGGGAAGAGGCCAUUGCCUUGGGUAAGGAACUUGCAGAACAGUAUGAAAAUGAAAUGUUUGAUUAUGAACAACUCAGUGAACUGCUGAGAAAACAAGCUCAGUUCUAUGAAAACAUUGUGAAAGUGAUAAGACCAAAACCAGAUUAUUUUGCUGUUGGAUACUAUGGCCAGGGAUUUCCGACUUUCAUAAGGAACAAAGUCUUCAUUUACCGGGGAAAAGAGUAUGAGCGGCGUGAAGACUUUGAAGCGAGGUUGUUAACUCAGUUUCCCAAUGCAGAGAAAAUGAAGACAACAUCUCCACCGGGUGACGAGAUCAAAAGCUCCUCUGGACAGUAUAUCCAGUGCUUUACUGUGAAGCCAAAGCUUGAUUUACCACCCAAAUUCCACAAGCCAGUGUCAGAACAAAUUGUGAGUUUCUAUAGAGUGAAUGAAGUCCAGCGGUUUGAGUACUCACGGCCCGUUCGAAAGGGAGAGAAAAACCCAGACAAUGAAUUUGCGAAUAUGUGGAUUGAGAGAACCAUCUAUGUGACAGCAUACAAAUUACCAGGGAUUCUGAGGUGGUUUGAAGUCAAAUCAGUUUUCAUGGUUGAAAUUAGUCCACUAGAAAAUGCAAUAGAAACCAUGCAGCUAACAAACGAUAAGAUCAAUAAUAUGGUUCAACAACAUCUAAAUGAUCCAAAUCUACCCAUCAACCCUCUCUCCAUGCUACUGAACGGCAUUGUGGAUCCUGCAGUCAUGGGAGGUUUCACCAACUAUGAGAAGGCUUUUUUUACUGAAAGAUACAUGCAUGAGCAUCCGGAAGAUCACGACAAGAUUGAAAAACUGAAGGACCUGAUAGCUUGGCAGAUCCCAUUCCUGGCAGAGGGCAUCCGUAUUCAUGGUGAGAAGGUGACAGAGGCACUGAGGCCGUUCCACGAGCGGAUGGAAGCUUGCUUCAGGCAGCUGAAGGACAAAGUUGAAAAGCAGUAUGGUGUCCGAGCUGUGCCUUCCAGCCUAGAUGACAGACGAGGCAGUCGGCCAAGGUCCAUGGUGAGGUCUUUCACGAUGCCGUCGUCUUCGAGACCGCUGUCAGUCGCCUCAGUGUCAUCCAUCUCCUCGGACAGCACUCCUUCUCGGCCGGGCUCAGACGGGUUUGUGCUUGAGCCCCUCCUGCCAAAAAAGAUGCAUUCCAGAUCUCAAGAUAAAUUGGACAAGGAUGACCUAGAUAAAGAUAAGAAAGAAAAGAAGAAGGAGAAACGGAACAGCAAGCAUCAGGAAAUAUUCGAUAAGGAAUUUAAGUCUACUGAUAUUUCUCUGCAGCAGUCUGAAGCAGUGAUCCUCUCAGAAACGAUCAGCCCUCUGAGACCACAGAGACCAAAAAGCCAGGUCCUAAACGUCAUGUCAAGCGAAAGGCGUUUCUCCGUCUCCCCUUCUCCUUCCAGCUCCCAAGUGACACCACCUCCCAUAACUCCACGGACAAAACUCUCUUUCAGCAUACAGUCCAGUCUGGAGCUGAACGGCAUGUCUAGUGCUGACCUGGCAGACAUCCCUCCUCCUCUGCCUCUCAAAGGAAGCAUGGCUGACUAUGGGAAUCUCAUGGAAAGUCAAGACUUGAUCAGUCCGACAACAUCCCCCCCUGCUCAUCAACGGCACCUGCCUCCUCCGCUGCCCAGCAAGACCCCCCCACCUCCACCUCCAAAGACAACUCGGAAGCAAACAUCUGUUGACUCGGGGAUUGUCCAGUGAAGAAAGAAGCAUUUUUUCCAAAGACAAAGCUGUAACAAUUCAUUUCCCUAAGUAUUUUAAGGUAUAUAAUGUUUACCUCGUUCAGGCACGCAGUAUCUAACAUUUAGUGCAAUGACUCUAACUCGGUAAGAAUCUGCUUCUAGCAGUGUUUCGGAAGCACUACUACAUUAACCCCCUUUCUGGGGAUAUUUCCUCCCAUAACUUGAAAGGAAUCUGCAUUUCUACUUGAGCCCGGGAGGCAUUCACCAACUGACAGCACCCUCUUCCUAAACCUCCCUCGUACUUAUUCUGCAUAACUUCAGGCACGCAGGUAGCUGUGGAGAUUAAGGUAGGAGCUGAAUAUUUUGUACCUAAGGCAUUUAGGUAGCCAUGGAGUUUUAAAUGAACUGAGUAUUUUGUACCUAAUCUCAGUGUAUAUAGGAAUCAAUGGCAAUAUUCACAGUGAAUUUAAUGCACGUUGGAUUAGGCUUUGUGAUAAUGAGAAGCUGCAGUAGGAUUUCCCCGAAUAACAGUUAUCUCCAGGCCCUGCAAUCAGACACAGCUUAUUUGUGUCAUACGUCUUCAUUUCUUCCAUGUUAUAAAUAAGCUGAGAGCUGAUGGCCUUUUUAAAACCAGUCGUUUACAUUGUCAUUCAGUUGGCUGUUCUUUGUAUGAUCAGCUGGUAACCCAAGACCACCUCUUAGCCAUGGGUGGGCAUGAGCAUAUAGGAAAAGAAACCAAGUACACGGAUAGAUGUGUGGUCAUUCUAAUCCUCAGUACAGGAAUGAGAAGAGCUUUCUUUUUCGUUUGAAUGUGUAAUAUUUCACGUGGAUUAGGGUGAACUGGAUGGAAUCACUUUGUCCUUGUGCCAUCAUUCUGUACAGAAUGUGUAUAUAUGAUGGUUUUUAGAAUGUUUUAAUUUUUAUGCUGCCUGCUUUUCAUGUAAUAAUGAAUUAAUGUACCUACAAAAAUGCCUUACAUAUUUUUAAUUUCUUAAUCGCUGAAAGUGUGGGAAGAAAAAAAGCUAAUUUUUUUUGCAAUUAUUGGCCUCUGAAAAAUAUUGGACAGUGAUGGGGAGGGGAAUUGGGAGGGAGGAAGGAAACUAACUGUAUACUGUAGCGUUUUUUAUGGUCAUCACACUUUUGUUUUUUACUAUCUACAAUCUUUAUACUCUUACUGUAGAUUGUUUUUAAAUAUACCACUGACUCAAAAAAAAUAAAAUACUGUUUUAAAAAUGUGUCUUAAGAAACAGAA